GUUACUAAAAGAGUGUCAGAUAUGAGCCACCAGCCCGUGCAGAGUAUGUCUACACUGAAAUAACUUCAAACGCAGGCAGGUGGUUUCAUGAAGGUUAACGACGGUGCCUUUCACAGCAUUUUGUUUCCUGCAGGAAUAUUUCUCGGAACCCAGACAAAGGAACUGAUAGAGUUGGAGCUCCUUUUUGUUGCCAUUCUUCCUUGCAGCACAUGUUAUGGAAAGAGGAGCCUUGAACUGAAGGAGACCAAACCAGGCAUCUGGAUUUAACCCAAACCUUGACUAUCUUUUUUUGGAGUGAAUCUUUCUCUUCUCAUCUUGUUGAAAUGCCUUGACCGAGCUCCUGCUGUACCAUGGCAGGUUCAGUCUCCUCUGUGGGUCUGGUGCUGAUGCUCAAGGCUCUCAUGCAUGCCCAUGGCCAGUGUGCAGUGCUGCUGGGGGUGAUGGUGUUGGUAACAGUAAUCGCAGCUGACUCACCUGUGGCAGAUGAGUCUCUCUUGGACUCCACACAACACCCUAUGGGAUUUCUUGGACAUGUUCCAAGUUCAACAGGGUUCCACCCAUCACCCUUACCAGCCCCACAUCACACUGCCUUAGAGAGCCCAGACUCACCUGGUACCCUGCCAUCCAUUCCUGAACCAAAGCAUGGUGUGAGGACUGGUGGCAUCACACAUUUUCAGUGGGGACGGGUUGCUCCUGAGAAAUCCUUCACGGCAAGUGACCUCAUUGCAGAAGAACCACACCCUCUUUCCACUCCCUCAUUAAAACCCUUGUUGGGGUCUCAAUUUGAAUCACCAGCUAAACUCUCUACGGACUGGAAGCUGGCCAGCACAAAGUCUGUCAAACAAUCCUCCUCUCUCGCUCAGCCUCAGACAAAUAUAUCCACGGCGUCAUUAAGCCCCUCUGCUUUCACAAGGUCAACACCACCUCAGCUGGGUCUUAAUUCUAAGCAGAAAGAAACCUUCAGCAAGCAGCAGGAUGCUCCAUCAGAGCAAACACUGGAAAUCAUGACCUCAUUUCCUGCUCAGUCUCUCAAGCCCCCUAAACCGGCCUUCCCUGACUUUGUGGCAGAUGAUAUUAAAGUACUGGAUGUUAACCAGCUGAGCCCCAACAGUUCCCCCUUAGAGGAGAGCGGACCGACACCUGACAUUAACAUGCUACCCAACCCAGAUGAGGUUCUGGCCCCUGGUUACAACGUGCCUUUCAUCGCCCCCUACCCUACGUCACCUUCAUCUGAACCCACUGAGAUCUCCCCGGAGGACUUCUACCCCACCAACACCAUGGACUUCGACUGGGGAUCUGGGGACUACUUGGAGACGAUGUCAUACCUAAACGCAGACGGGGAGGACUACUCCCUGGUCACCAAGGUGCCCUCUGACUCGUAUGAUCUGGAAGACUACACAGAGAGCUAUGACACAUCGUUCCCUUCGAGAGUCGGCAUAUCUCCUUCGUCCAUGAAUCCUCUUCACGUCUCGCCUUCUCCCAGCUUCACGACGGCGUACCAUACGGUUGUCCCAUUUAAAUCCAUACAUCCUUCUUCUUUGUCCUCUACAAUUCAGUACACACUGGACCCCACCCCUCCCGCUAACAUCGAUAUACCCGACGCAUCGGACGUAGACUGGGGCGAUGCUUUUACAAUUCAACCGACAGACGUCCUGUUGCCGGACAUGAACAGCUUGGAGUAUUACACCACUCAGUUGACCAAGGACAACAGUUCAGACACGGGAGCUGAACACAGAGGGAACGUUACUGUGGUUUCCAUCAGCGCUACAGAACUCACACCCACAAGCAGCAUCACCAAUGAUACCAAAUUAACUGAGGAUGAUUCUUCUGGGGAUCUGUCAGGAUUCGAGCCUCAAAAUGAGUCAACCCCAGGAGCAACCACAGAGCCUCAGUUGGUCAAUGCCUCUGAGCCUUUUCUAGAUCCUUCCAUAACCCCAAGCCACUACUUGGAUCCCUCUUCUUCUGUCUGGGGUUCCGAGUACACCACCGUUUGGUCUCCAACUGUUGACCUCACAGAGUCGAUGUUACCCAGUGCAACGCCCUUGCUGCCGGAUGAUGUAAUGUCUCCCUCCUCUCUGACUGAUGUUCAUUGGUUUAUUACAGAGCCGUUCCCAUCAAGCACCAUUACCACCAGUUUUGGCCUAACUGCAACUACACCCUUCCCCCCUGUUCCCACUGACCCUGCUGCCAACACUACAGCGGGUACAACAGAAUUACCUCCCCAAGACUCUCCUUUUACAACCAAACACACUCUCAACAUCACGUUAGAGUCAACUGAACCCACAUCCAAUGUCACUUCGCUCUCUCCAGUUGUGUUGGGGGAUCAGGGGGUAACUGAAAACGGAGUUGACACCGCAGCCACAAUGACCUUGAUCCCAACUAGCAGUGAAGCUAAUACAGUCUCUGCUGCACCCUCAACCCCAACUGCCACCAUUACUUCCCAUCAAGCCACGACUGGAGCUCCUGCAACUACAGAGGCCUCAACCAGUGUCAACGUCCUCUCCGUCACCACAGGGGCCACAACACCAACAUCUCGACAGUACCUCUGCAACCUCGAGAGGCCUGCUUAUUUAGUUAAAAUUGGUUUCCCUUUCGGGGCCACAGUUGGAUAUGCCAAAUCUCAAGUGAGAGACAUAUUGAAAGGGGAAUUCAACAAGUCUGUCGAGCUGCAGGUUGUGGACCCCCCACCAAAGUUUCUGUUCCGGGUGGUGUCUGGUCCAGUUGUGUACACAGCCAUAUCUGUCGUCAACGCUCUGCGGAGGUCUGGGCGCCGCUUCCUGUCUGUGUCUCCCAACUGGGCAACCCCAGACAGUAAAUACCAAGUCCACACAGUGCUGCAGUUUGUUCCCGCUCACAUAGAUGUGCGCUACUGCAACUUCAGUGAAAGCAUUGAGAAAGGUUUGACCAUGGCCUUUGCUGAAGUGCGUCGCCGCUCAAAGGAGUCAACCAAUUUCACAGUGCAUAUCAUAAACAUCACCAUGGCAGCUCCGAAAUAUCAGGAACAAAGGCUAAUGAGGCAGCCGGUGGACAUAACGUUCACUGUGCGCGUCUCCAGUGGUUACCUGAUGGGGUCAGAGGUCAGCAAUGCCCUGAUGAAGCUCACAAUGGUGGAAUUCAGCUAUUACAUGGGCUUUCCUGUACUGCAGAUUGCUGAGCCUUUCCAUUACCCAGAGUUGAACACCAGCCACCUGCUUCGCUCCUCCUGGGUCAGAACAGUGCUCAUGGGUGUUCUGGACCAGAAAGUGAGCGAGAGGACCUUCCAAGCCAACAUGGAGCGCCGGGUGGCGAUGCUCCUCGGAGAGGCAACCGGAUUAAUCACACGCGUUAAGAGAGCCACCCUUACAGGCAACAGCAGUGUCCAGGUUGUUAGUGCAAGCCGGCUGGUGGGUGUGGACCAUCCCUUGGAGAUAGUGUAUUUUGUGGAGGGUCCCAGUGGUCAGAGGGUGCCUGCAGAUCAAACAGCGGCACUACUGAACAGCCUGGACGUUCAAAGGGCCGCCAUCGUCUUGGGAUAUCGCGUCCAGGGCAUUUUGGCACAGCCCGUGGAGAAAAUGGCGUCCUCCCCCUCCGACGCUGAGAACACCAACACGUGGAUCGUCAUUGGUGUGGUGAUUCCCCUCCUCGUGGUCAUCGUCAUCAUUUCCAUCCUCUACUGGAAACUGUGUCGCACAGACAAGCUGGAGUUCCAGCCAGACGCCAUGACCUCCAUCCAGCAGAGGCAGAAGUCUACUGCCUCAUUCGGAGAAUCAAAGACCCCGCUUCACCACACUCUCCCUCCGAAUAAAAAGGAUAUAGAGCUUAGUGAGGAGGAGGAGGAGGAGGAGUGGGAGUAUGAGGAGGAAGAAGAGGAGUAUGAAGAAGAAGAGGAGGAGGAGGAUGAUAAAAGAGGGAAGACUCCAGUAGCUCUUCCUAGACACAAACUGACUAUGAGCAGUAAGGAAGAAAAAGAAGAAGAACAAGAAGAAGAAGAAGAAGAAGAAGAAGAAGAAGAAGAAGAGUGGGAGGAAGAAGAAGAUGAAGAAGAGGAAGAGGACAACGAGGGGGAGGAAGAAGAAGAAGAGGAAGAUGAUGAAAAAAAGCUGCAAUUUAAAACGAAACCAGCUGAUCAAAGAAGACAAGACAGCAAAGCAGUGCUCAUGAAAACAGCCGAGACAAAGAAUAAAGAGGACAAAGGGAAAGUGUUAACUCAAGGGAGGAGAGCCGAGGACGAGCUGCAGGCUCCCAGUGUGAAAGGCUUCGACUUUGCUAAGCUGCACCUCGGCCAACAGAGUAAAGAUGAUGUCAUGGUGAUCCAGGAGGCGGUCCAGCCAGGGCCUGGCCCCGGACCCCUCCCCUUAUCCCUUAAAGAUGGCCUCAGUCUGUCUGAAAAUGGGGAGAUCCCCACACCUUUAUCCAAAGCCUCCACCAAGGCGUCACGCAGCAGCAGAAGGCGAGAUAGGAUCUCGCCGUCUGACGGGGAUUCGGUGGUAAGUGACCAUUCUAGCGAGCGUGAAUCACCAGAGGAGAACCUGAGAGCCCACGCCACGCCCAGCGACAGCAAGCAGACGCGUAAGGUCCCCAUCAAUGUUUUAAAUGGUCCUCCUCCUAUGAAUGGCACAAAUGAGCAGCUGUCCUCGGCCGCCAUCUUCGAACAUGUUGAUCGGAUGUCUCGCGCCGCAGAUGCAAGCAGGAGACUCCCCAACAAAAUCCAGCUCAUCGCCAUGCAGCCCAUGCCCGUCCCCCCGCUGCACAGCCCCCCCAUCAAUGGCAAACUGUCCGACCCGAACCAAAUCAACAAGGAGAUCCAGGUGGCACUGAGGCACAAGUCCGAGAUUGAGCACCAUCGUAACAAGAUCCGUCUGCGUGCCAAGAGGAAGGGCCACUACGACUUCCCUACCAUGGAUGAAUCCACCAAUGGCCUCGGAGAUGCGAAGGACCAGGAUCGCAUCUAUCAGAAAGCACAGACACAGAUCGAUAAGAUCCUGGACCCGGAUGCCCAUAUGCCUUCAAUCUUCAUGGAGUCAAAGAAAAGUGGUCGAGGGAGGCGCUCGCCCAAACAGAGGAUGAAGGACCAGCUGAUCGGCGGCAUGAUGGAGGCGGACAAAGACCACCUCAUCUCUGAAGACAACGAUGCUGUUUACAGGAAGUGUCCUGGAGUCAACAAUGUGGCCUACGUAUCGGACCCUGACCAAGGCGCAGGCUCCCCUCACAGCAGCCCCUCCCCCACCGAUGACGUCUUCCUCGGCCCUGCCUGCUCUCCGCUCGGCCAUGCCCCUCCCCCGCCCCCCUACAUGCCUCCACAGCCCUCCAUCGAGGAGGCGCGGCAGCAGAUGCACUCCCUGCUGGACGACGCCUUUGCCCUGGUGUCGCCCACCUCUCAGGGCAGCACUGCAGGCAUCACUCUCCCCGGAGUCAACAGCAACCCACCCCUCUCCAGCCCUCCAGGCAGGGGCCCUAGACCAUGGGGUCCGUCAUACCAAGCUCUUGGCCCCUUCCCUGGUAGGUUCACUGAUCUGUCCCCUCCUCCCGUCCAAGGCCUGAUAUCCAGGCAGGGCCUUGGCUCCAGCUACCUGCCACCAGGAGAGACAGCAGGGCAGGGUGAGCCACUCCCGCCCAACAGCCUGUACUCCAGCAGGGGCCUCUACACCGACGAGCUGCCCUCAUCUGCCAGACCCCGACCAGUGGGGGGAACCACAGGAGCCCAGCUCCAUCAUCUCACACAGGUGGGAUUGUCCAGUCGGAUGAACGGUUACCCAGCGGGGGUCAGACCCACUCCCGGGCAGAAUGGAGGCCUCGCCUGGAACCACUACCAUGGCGACAAUUUCUCCAGGGCAGAGCCUGAGAAAGAUUCAACGCCCAGAAGUGUUAUCAGGGAGCCUUCGGCGCCCCCGGUCCACCUAGACACCUCUGGGAUGGGCUACCUGUCAGCGUCGCCGCCCCUGGAUACAUCUCCUCCUAACCACUCCUCCGCCUCCCUGAUCAAGGCCAUCAGGGAGGAGCUGCUGCGUCUCUCGCAGAAGCAGGCAGCCGUACCCAGCUACCACAGCUGAAGCCUCCAGUCUGUAGCUCACCCAGUCACGCCACUGACCCCCCCCCCUCCCUCCUCACCCGCCUGCUCCGCCUAAUCUGACAAUACUUCCCAUGGAAGUUCCUGAGGGUGUACAGCAGAGAGAUACUCCUGCUAAACUGAAGUAGGGAUUUCUCACUGAAUGACAGGAUUGUUGUUGCAGCUCCUAAAGAAAUAAGACUUCAGUCAAAUCACAGACAGUGUUAGGAAGAGAACAAUAUGCUGGCGUCAAAUGAAAUGACGUGUGUUUCCUGCUCUUCGUUGUGGAUCAGGGAUCAUGGCGAGUCCUGGCCACCAUGAAUCCACAUCCUGGACUUUUUCUGACGUAUUCUGUGUCACCGUUUCCUUCUCAUGCUGCCUUCACUAUACAGGACAACCCUUAAGACAGUUCCUCACCUCUUUCCUUUAUACCCCUUUUCUAUCAUCGAGUAUUCUGACGACUCCUGACUAUGUGACAGUAUGUUGGAUAGUUCAUGUUAUAAUAAUCACGCAUAACAAUUACAGUGUGGAACAAUUGUAAUAUAGUUAAAAGUGAAUGCAAUAUCUGCAGGAAGUGAGUGUUAAACAAGCUUAUUGGAUGGAUUUUAAGCAGAUUAUUGUCUGUGAAAAUUGCCUCGGAGAUAAGUUUUCCUGCUGGAUUUAGGAACCUUUAAUACAAUCCACUGUAUUAUGUUUUUUUUUAAUCAUGCAUACUCGGUUAGUCUCCCUUUUUCUGACAAAUUCAGUAUUUUCUUAGUCCUUGGUUGUUUUAACCGUGUAGUUUAUUAAUUAAUUACGAGGCUGUUUAGCAGAGGAAGAGGAAAGGCACAAUUUGAGUUAUUUGUGUCACAGAAAUGAAUGAAUCACUGAGCUACAGGCCAACUGUAGUUAUAUUCAACAUCGCUUUGUUCAGCUUUGGUGACCCAUAGUGGCAAACCCAUGCCCGAAGACACAGUGUCAUUUGAAGGAUUUUUUUAUUACAUUUCUUAACCUACCAUACAGGUAUUUUGUUGUUUACCAAAUGGAGGUCUUUAACCUCUUUAUCACCAUCGUGUACUACUUCCUGUUUUCUGCCACAAUGAGCCGUUCUAUGCCUUGACACUGUGAUAUAGUUCAAUCUACUGUAUGACCUACAGUAGGGUCAAAGAUCACAGCCGGUUCAGACAGUACGGGCGCUGAUAGAGACUAAUUAACACUAUGUCAUUUUUUACAUACGUACUACAGUAGCACGAUAGCGGUAGAGCUAGUCUGAGUUGGUAUUUUUAACUUACAGUACAUAGCUAGUUUGUUGUGAACAGCUCUCAAUCAUGUUGCUUGCUUUUAUUUAUACUUAACAGCUGCACAAACAUGGGAAGAAAUGGCCUUGAGCUACAGGCACACGUUACACAUCAUGAAUAAAGACUUUCAGUAUACUGACUGUUAGGGUGUAAUAAUGUUUUUGGUUGUAGUUCGAUGCACUGUAUGCAGACUACUUGGUACAGCUCAGGUCGUUCAAAAUGAGAUUUGCUUGCGGACAAAUCAGCGACGAGACAGUUUGAAGAGUCACGUGGGAGAACUGUUAAUGAGGGACAAGUGUUGUGUUUCAACAUGAACCUGUAGUCACUAUUUAAUGAACCACAUCUCUGUUUCAUGCAGUAUUUGCUUUGCCUUUUUGUUUUGGAAGCAGACAAGAAAGUGUACUGUAUUUGUUGUCAUGUAUUGUUUACUUCAACCAGUCCUGUUUAUGUGCUUUUCAAAUGUAUCUUUGUUUUGUUUUUUACCUUGCCUCAUGUCAUUUUGCUCUACUCAAAUGUCUCUUAGUCAUCAUACUGGUUGGAAAUAAUUAUCUUUUCUUUUUUUUACCGAACCCUCCCCUGACAUUUUGUGAUGUUUAGGGCCUGAAGUGAUAUUUUAUUUAAAUAAAAUGAUGGAAAAUGAUGGAUUUUAAAAGCAACUUUAGCUAUUUUUGCUUAGAAGUGUUUUGUGGUUGAAUACAAUUCUUCUGGCGUGACUUGAAAUAACCUACAACUGGUUCUUCCAAAUGUAUUUUUUGUUUGAAAGGUGAUGUGCUUUUUGGACAUCAAGUACAUCAUGCAUUUUCCCACAUACUUUGCCAAGGUCUUGUUGUUAUUAUUUUAAAACAUGAAGGCUUUUGAUCCAGAUACAUAUGAUCCAGGUAAUGCUUUAUUUGCAUGAAUGGAGUUUCCUCUGGGAGAUAGACUGUUUUUCAUUUCACCUGCUAUGUUUUUUUUACACCAACCUCACACUGUAUGCCUCCACCUUCUCGUUCGGUACUGUAACAACAGCUCAUUCAUAUGUUCAUCUUCAGUUCUCUUUUUAUAAUUAUUAUUUUUGUGGGUGUUGUUGUUUUCCAUCUAUUUCUGCAUUGUAUAUAUUGUGAGUGGUAUCUGUUGGCUGGCCCAACUUCAUGUCUGAUUGAUGUUGCAUGUUUAAUUAUUGUAUUGUUUUGGUUUGAUUUGCCGCAUGCUGUUCCAACAUUUAUUGAAAUACAAAAGAAACUUGUCACCUGA